AUGCCAGAAUCCAAAUAUGGGACGUCCGGGAGCCGCAAACGAGGACGUCCACGGAGAGUCAUAGAUGACGAGCAAGUCCCAGAGCGACGUCGGAAGCAGGUUCGCGUCGCACAGCAAGCCUUUCGCGCACGGAAAGAGACUACAAUCAAUAAUCUGCAAACCCGUGUACAUGUGUUGGAGGCGGGCAUCGAGGAGCUCAGCCAGUCAUUCCUCCUGUUCAGUGAUAUCUUGCUGCAGGAUGGAGUAAUCAGAAACCAUCCGCAUCUCGCGCCGUCGCUUCAUAAGAUCACUAAACAGUAUGUGUCGCUUGCGGCACAUGGAUGUGACGAUGCCGAUCUACCUGCCUUGGACGAGAUUUCUACAGAUACCGACGACAACGGAGGUGCUAUGACAAAUAUUAACUUAGGAUUUGAUCCCGGUGCUGCGAGCAUAUAUCCUCCAUCGUUUAACGAGGACUCGAUUGAGUCUCUAUUGUCACUGACUCAAUGGCCCGAGACACAACUGCCUGCUACACCACCUUAUCAAGAACAAUCGAUGCUUCCCUUUGGACUCAUUCUGCCAAAUAGGUCCCCUACAAUCGAUGCUCCAGUCCCGACGGUACCGAGUCCUCUGGCAACAAUACUGCCUAGCGGUCUUGCAAGGAAAGGGCACUGGACCCUUUCACAUCGGAUUGUGCGAGAAUGCUGCGCAUGCGUAUAUCGUCUGCUGGUGAACACGCCGAAUGACGUUACAGAGAUCCAGAGGCUGUUUGGGCAUCAGCUUACAAGUGCUGAGUGCAAUCGCCUAAUCUCUGCGUUCUACCGCCUCAUGCAGGAUGAGGUCGGAGACUUGGUCGAGCUCAGAACUCAAGUUCUCGAUCCGCUGCGGUCGACCGUAGGUGCCUGGUCUCCGGACCAAAUUCAAAAGUACUACAGGGCACGGCAACUCAUGAGUGAGUUUGGCCCUGAUGAGUGGCUGGAUGCGAGUGGAGUGCAGAAGCUUUUACAACAAAAGGGGAUUAGCAUCUUAGAGAGUCACUCUCCGCAUUCUAGUCUGCGCGUUGAUGCUCCUUUAAGCAUUGAUAUGACGGCGUUCAUAAGGUGCCUCUCUCUGUGUGGUGUAUGUGCCAAUUCUGGGCCGGUGUUUCGAAAGCGAGAUGUCGAGAACGCCUUACGACUUGCCAGUUCCAGUGGGGUCUGGCCAUUUGAAACUCAAUACUAUGUACCCUGA